AUGUGCUCUUUAUGUGCACAGACAGGAAACCAUGGCAAACUGCCUGGCAAGGGUCCAAAAGGAGAUCCGGGACCACCGGGUGAAUGUACCCUAGAAAUGUGCAAUGCAACUGCAAUUCCUGGACCGCAGGGUCCCAAAGGAGAUCCUGGGGAGCCGGGAGUAUUUGAUCCGGAGGAUCCCAAGGUGGUAGAACUGCUGCGCAAAACGGUGCUCGAAUACUUCAAUAAGCCAGAGGUUCGUGAGCAAUUCCGGGGAAGACCAGGGAAGUGCAACUGCGUAGGGAAUCCAGGGACCCAAGGAAAAUGGAACAAUCCAGGCAAUCCCACGGAUGAUAUUCUCGAGUCACUGAGAAAGAUUUCUUAUGGUGUAAGUGUUACGGUUGCAGUGACUGGUCGCUUUUUGGCACAUCAACCUGAAUAG